CGGUGGACCUUAUUAUAUCAACCUUCAUCUUUCUCUUGAAUGAUGAAAUGUGAAGAAUAUAUAUCAUUAUAUUACCCCUCACCCUUAUCAUUGAUCUCAACUAUCCUGUUUCAUCUUCCAAAGAAGAAAAAGCUUUAACAUUUCAAUGGCUUCUCUUACUAACUCAAUUCUUACAUUCCAAACAAGUACACCCCAUCAGCACGAAGGUACUUGUUUUAGACCCGAUUCAUUGCUUUAUUCUUCUUUUUUUCCUAGCCAAAAGUUUCCAAAUAUAGUCAAAUUGUCAACAAGAACACCCUCCUUGUCUUCUAAAACUGGCCGAUCUCUCACAUCUAUCAUCAAUGAGCUCGAAAAGGAAAGGGACAAUAAUAUGGUGGAUGAAUUAGAAGAAGGUGAAAGUACUAGUACAACGACAAUAAAGAUUCAAGAACCAGAACUAGCAGACUAUUGGCUAGAAAUUCUUGGCAAAGAUGAUUGGGUAGGCAUUCUUGAUCCACUAGAUCCACUUUUACGAAAUGAGUUAAUUCGAUAUGGAGAAAUGGCUCAAGCUUGUUACGAUGCUUUUGAUUUUGAUCCAUAUUCUAAGUACUGUGGGAGCUGCAAAUUUCCACGGCACAAAUUCUUUGAUGGUCUAGACAUGGCCAACUAUGGCUACGAUAUCACACGUUACCUAUAUGCAACUUCAAAUAUUAACUUGCCAAAUUUCUUCAAACAAUCUCGUUGGCCUAAGGUAUGGAGCAAAAACGCAAAUUGGAUUGGUUAUGUUGCUGUUUCGAAUGACGAAACCUCGAAACGCUUAGGCCGCCGUGACAUAACGAUUUCAUGGAGAGGGACUGUGACUCGUUUGGAGUGGAUUGCUGAUUUAAUGGACUUUCUCCGUCCAAUAUCUUCAGACAAAAUACCUUGCCCUGAUCCUAAUGUCAAGGUCGAAUCUGGGUUUCUUGAUCUCUACACUGACAAAGACGAGAAUUGCAGGUACUGCAAGUUCUCAGCAAGAGAACAGAUACUAACGGAGGUGAAAAGAUUAGUAGAAAAGUACCCAACUGAGGAAAUGAGCAUAACAGUGACUGGACACAGUUUAGGCAGUGCUUUGGCAAUAUUGAGUGCGUAUGAUAUUGUGGAAACAGGAGUAAAUGUAAGGGCAAAUACUAGGGCUGUGCCUAUUGGUGUAUUUUCCUUUGCAGGGCCAAGAGUGGGAAAUACAAGGUUUAAACAAAGACUUGAAAUGUUGGGUGUGAAAGUUCUGAGAGUUGUGAAUGUUCAUGACAUUGUUCCAAAGUCCCCUGGGUUAGUGUUUAAUGAGCAUUCUCCGUCAAUGGUUAUGAAGAUUUGUGAAGGGUUGCCGUGGAGUUAUUCGCAUGUUGGAGUAGAAUUGGCUUUAGAUCACAAGAAUUCGCCUUUCUUGAAACCAACUAAUGAUCUUGUUUGUGCUCAUAAUUUGGAGGCUCAUUUACACUUGCUUGACGGAUAUCAUGGGAAAGGAAGAAGGUUUGUGCUAGCAAAGGGAAGGGAUAUAGCACUCGUAAACAAAGCAUGUGAUUUCUUGAAAGAUCAUUACUGUGUUCCACCAAAUUGGAGGCAAGAUGAGAACAAAGGGAUGAUUAGAGACAAAGAUGGCCGUUGGAUUCAACCUGAACGUCCCAGAGUACUUGAUGAUCACCCUCCUGAUAUUCAUCAUCACCUUAAACAUUUAGGCCUUUCAUCUUCUUGAUAAUAUAAUGAACGGAAAAAUAAAACUUAACUAAGAAGUACAUCACUAGAUAUAUAUAUUGGAUUUCGAUGUAUAUGCAAAAUGUACAAUGUGAAUAUGUGAUGUACCCUCAUGAGCCGAGGCUGAGUUAGAGUUUAGUUAUCGAUUUGUUAGAACUCAGUAACUUUUUUGUAUUUGUAUUUAGAAAUUAACUAAAUAUAUAUAAAUAAAUC